AUGGACCAUGUCCUGGAAGGUAUCCCAAAUGUAGGAUGUUAUAUAGACGACAUUAUCGUCACAGGCAGGAACAUAGAGGACUGCUACAAAACGGUCACGCAAGUUCUGCAACGAUUAAAUGACUACAACAUCACUCUAAAAGCAGAAAAAUGUCAGUUCUUCCGUGACUCAGUCGUUUAUCUUGGCCACAGGGUUUCAGCUGAAGGAAUCUAUCCGAUAGCAGAAAAAGUGAAGGCUAUCAGGGACGCACCAGAGCCAACCAACAUUACAGAAUUGAGAGCCUACCUAGGACUCCUCAACUUCUACGCCAAGUUUUUGAAGAAUUUGGCAACGGUGGCAGCGCCUCUUUACGAAUUGCUGAAGAAAGACAAACAGUGGCACUGGACAAAAGGGUGCAAGAACGCUUUCGCAAAGACCAAAGAGAUGAUUCUCAGCAGCGAAGUGCUCACGUUUUAUGAUGUGAAUAAGCCAAUUGGACUAAGCUGUGACUCAUCUGCUUAUGGUCUAGGGGCCGUCAUCUUCCAUGAAAUGCCAGACGGAAGUGAACGACCAAUCGCGUUCGCGUCCCGCACACUCUCAAGCAGCGAACGCAAUUAUGCACAGGGCGAGAAGGAGGCGCUGGCACUCAUCUUCGGCUUGCGACGUUUCCACCGAUACCUGUAUGGACGACGUUUCAGCAUCUACACCGACCAUCAACCCCUUCUCGGUUUACUGGGACACGAUAGACCUGUGCCAUCCUUAGCUGCCGCCAGAAUUCAGAGAUGGGCAAUGACACUGGCCGCGUAUCAAUAUCACCUCAAGUAUAGGAAUGGUCGGAACAUGGAAGUAGCAGAUGCGUUAUCGCGCCUGCCGUUAUCCGUACAAGAGAGAAGGGACGAACCAGACUGUUUAGCUGUGUUCGAUGCAACGCCCCUGACUGCAGCGCAAGUUGCAAUGGAAACUAAGCGAGACCCGCUUCUCAGUGGGGUCGUCCAGUAUGCACUAACCGGUUGGCCAAGCAGGUACCCCCAAGAAAUGCAGGCAUUCUUUGUGCGCAAAGAUCAGCUAUCAGUGGAACAGGACUGUUUGACAUGGGGCUACAGGGUCAUUAUCCCGAGGAGCUUGCAGCCUGCCGUGCUGUCGCUAUUACACGAAGCUCAUCCAGGCAUGACGCGGAUGAAGAUGUUAGCGAGGUCAUAUGUUUGGUGGCCUGGUCUAGACAAAGAUCUAGAGAGCACAGUACGGAGCUGCAAAAUCUGUCAAAGUGUUCUUCCGGCAAAGACUGUUGGUCCUUUGCAGCCCUGGUCAUACCCGACAAGAGUUUGGCAACGUGUACAUGUGGACUAUGCUCUCAAGGACGGAGUAAAUUUGCUGGUGCUGAUCGACGCGGUGGUGCUGAAGAGGUUGGACGCCCUUUUUGCAUCCUAUGGUUACCCUGAAGAAUUGGUAACAGACAACGGGCCACAGUUCGCCUCUGAGGAAUUUCAAGAGUUCCUGCGACAGCGAGGAAUCAGACAUACUCGAACACCUCCAUACCACGCUGCUUCCAACGGAGCUGCAGAGAGACUGGUAAGGACCACCAAGACUGCGCUCUUCAAGGAAGUUCUGGAAGACAGGAUAAUGGGAGCGAAGCGUACAGUACAAGAGCGCAUCAACGACUUUCUGAUGUCCUACCGAAACACGCCAAAUUUGGUAACGGCAAAGGCUCCAGCGGAGCUUUUCCUGAAGCGGUUGCCCCGCAUUAGGUUGUCUCUCGUGAAGCCGAACUUCGCAAGUGACAUGGCAGACCGUCAGAAAAGGAAUACUGACCGUCGUAACUGCGAAAGAGGACCGGCAGACCUGUUCAGCGUCAACGACAAGGUGUUCGUGAAGACAACGAGAAGCGAAGCAGAAUCAUGGCAGGAAGGGAUCAUCGAACAAGUAGUUAGCACCGCAACAUACCUCGUCAGGGUAGGAUGUCACGUGAGAUUCACACAUGCUGAUCACUUGCGGAAGCGACGGGCCAUGGCACCAAGCACGUUUCGUACUCCAAAUCAGGACGUCGCAGGUGCUGCGUCUACCCCUCCGAGUAACGAACCCCAAACGUGGGAAAAUGUCGACACAGCGGAAUCGACGUCACGGGAGCCAGGGCAGUUUCAGCACGGCAGCUCACCAAGCCCCAUCCAGCAGCCGGGAUCAGCAACUGGCAGCGGAGACAUGAUGGACAGGGAUAAGAAAACGCCUGACUCCAGCUUCGCUGAGGAAGAGGCGCCCAGCUUCUCCGGCUGUCAGUCGUCAACACCAAUGCUGCGGAGAAGCACACGUGUUCGCACGGCUCCCGACAGAUACCGCCCGGACGAUUAUACAACAAAGAACUAA